AUGGAAGCUGAUGCGAAAAGACAACUAAAAAUAAAGUCAGGGAUGGUCAAAAGAAUCACCAGAGAGUAUGACUCAUACGUAAAAGAGGUCCAAAGAGACAGAGAUAGAAUAGAAAAAUUAAGAGACACUGGCGCUGGAGAGCACGCCAUAAAGAAACAAGAAGAUGUCCUGCAGGAAACAAUUUCAAUGCUUCCCAAUACGAGACAGCGUUUGCAAGACGCUGUAGAGGACUUGCGAGAAUUUAUGAAAGAAAAUGACACUGAUCAGGAUUUGAUCACAUCACCAGAGUGGGCAGAAGCGACCGGGCAUAUACAAGCAGCAGUAACCGGAGUCUUAAGUUUAAACACUAACUAA